UGAAUUUAUCGUGUUCACCACUGUCCCAAACAUCAGGGCAUCAUCACAUUGUAAAUGAAGGAGGACUUUGCGAGAAAAAAAAUAAUUUUCCAAUCUGAGGUCGAUUCAGAGUCGCCUACGUUAGCAUGGAGGUGUGUGGUAGUGUGGUGACCAACUCAAAGUAUGAGUUGUUCCGGCUAAAGUGCAUCUACUGUACCAUUGAGAGCGAGUUAAAAGAUUGGGAGCCGUUCAUCUUCCAUGUGAGGUCGGCACACUAUUGCGAUGAGGACGUUAACACGGGUGAAAUGGAAAUUAAACCGGCCACUCAAGAGUUGUACGCUGCCGUCGUUGGCUCGGACUCCGCCAUCGACGGCUCGGACCCUGUCAUCGACGGUUCGGACCCCGUCAUCGAUGCGUCGGACCCCAACAUCGCCUAUGGACCAGACGAGUUCUUCGAGGUGAUUGAAAACAACAAUGAAGAGGAUCAAUGGAUGCAAGCUGAUAACAAUGAUGGCCAGUACUUGGACGACGAUACAGCUUGGUCGGAACCUGCAGCUGAUUUCUCACAGUAUACACCAGACGGCAUUUCGUCCGAAAUUCCAGCCGCGGCUGACAUAAUGGAAUUGGACGACACCUCUCAAAAUCAGGUCCCUUUAGAUGAAGAUGAAGUGAACUGUAGUGACUUUUUUAUGUCUGAAGAAGAUUUUGCACCUCCACGGAAAGCAGGUAGACCACCUAGACGAAGGAGACCUGGACAGGUUUUCAAGUUCAAAGUGUCAUUUACUCGAAGCAAUCCCCGUGUUCUGCAUCUUAUUCAUGCGUACCGAGAGCAUCCUUGCCUAUGGGAUCCGUCAGAUAAAAACUACGAGAACGAGAUAGCUCGAAAUAUGGCUUACGAGAAAAUUAUGGAACGCAUGGACAACAAAGCCAAUGUGCUUUUUACCGUGGAAGAACUAAAGAAAUCUAUCGAGAACCUGCACGUACAAUAUACGCUGGCCGCGGAGACACAACAAAAGGAGAAGCUAGUUGGCCUGGCAGCACGUUACUUUGCCAAGUGCGAUUAUCUCAGUGUCGCGCCCAGUAUAGCGCCAAAAGAGGUCGAGGAGGAUGACGACUUGACUGUUAUAAAGCUUAACUUUUUGGAGGAAAACCUGGUCACCAGCUCCUUUAUAGAGACCUACGCCAACUAUCCCGGUCUAUACAACUCUGAGCUGUCGGACUUUGGUUCGGUGGAAGCGCGCGCAAUUGCCUACAGAAUGAUGGCAAAGGAAUUUCAGCCUGUGGUGAAGGCCAACGAGACGGAUGUUUACAUUGCAGUCAACAAGCUUCGCCGCUGGCUAUACGAUGCAAUGCGACGACUAAGGUCCAAGGAGCUCAUUCAGAAGUGCAGCAAGCAAGAAGUGGAAUAUCUGCGUAUGUGCAGCUUUCUGCCAGCCAAGGGAUCUGAGAGCCAGGUCCUCUACUGCGACUACUGCGAUAAACGUUUCCACGGCGACUACAACCUGCGGGUGCAUAUCGUCAAGGCACACGAAAUAGGCGAUCUGCCUUACCUCUGUUCCCUCUGUCCGAGGAGAUUCGACCGACAGGUAGACAUGGACCGACACAAGCUACGCACGCACUUUGAACGGAAGCUAAAGUGUCAGUACUGCGAAAAAAGUUUUGCCGUGGAUAACGACUUAAAGGUGCACACGCUUAUCCACACGGGCGAGAGACCACAUGUGUGCGACAUCUGCGGCAAGACAUUCCGACUUAAGUUACUCCUGGAUCAUCACGUCAAUGGGGUGCAUCUAAAUAUUCGGCCCUACAGAUGCGACAUGUGCAACAAAACCUUCCGGAAAAAGUUCGAGUUGGCCAAUCAUAUCAAAGGCCACUUAAACAUCCGUGAUAAAAAAUGCGAGUAUUGUGACGCCGCUUUCUAUGAUCACUCUUCCUUAUCUAGACAUCGCCGUUCGCAUAGGACGUAAUUGAAUGGAUGAUAUUUCGCAUUCACAAAGUAAUGCUUUCUUUCUAAUUCUUGUAAAAUUAUCUCAGUUGGCACAAAUGUCUUCAUUUUUCUAAAACAUAAAAUAAACAUUACCAACUUACAUACA